AUGGAUGCGAAGUUAGAGCAAAGAGAGAAAGAAAGAAAGAUAGUGAUGAAGCAGCAUCAGAAGCUUCGGAUAAAUGCAUCUGGUGAUUUUGUUAAAGUCGCUGUUCUUGCAGAUCCACAGCUCAUGGAUAAAACCUCCCAUAAUCUACCACCAAAAUCACUUGCUCUCGGGUUGGCACAGUUCUACACUGAUCUGUUUAUGCGCAGGGCCUUCUUUGCCUCUGUCCUACCUUUCAAGCCUGAUGUCAUUUUGUUUUUGGGCGAUUACUUUGACGGGGGUCCUUAUUUGUCAGAUGUAGAAUGGCAGGAAUCUUUGAGCCGCUUUAACCACAUCUUCGGUUUCAAAAAUCAAGCAAGAUAUAAGGACAUCCCAGUUUACUACCUUCCAGGAAAUCAUGAUAUUGGUUAUUCAAGUCUUCACUCUCACAAACCAGAG